UCAGUUUUUUGGGAGCAGGGCUGAGGUGAAAGGGGAGGAAAAGAGCUAUGUCUUAGGGGAAGGGUAGAAUUCUGCCCCAAGAGCAGAGGGAAGGGCGUGUCACACUCUGUACAUGCUUCGGGAAGCUGUCCGCCGCAUUGCAUUUGAGAAGGAUGGUGUCUAUCUACACACCAGUGCCAAGCGUCACCCUGACCAGGACUCCCUCAUACCAGGGGUUAUCCGCAUAAUUGAGAAGGGCUCAGACACAUGGCUACAAUGGACACCUGUGGAGGAAUCUUCAGAUGGUGCUCAGAUCACUUACACCAAGAAGGACCCCGUGGGCUGCCAGACCGAUGAAGAAAUCUUUGAUCCGGGGUAUGAACCAGACUGGGCUGUGAUCAGUACAGUGGGAACCCGAUCGCAGGUCCAAGAGGAAACAAACGCAGCUUCUGGGCCAAAGUCACCAAUCCCACGCACUCAGUGGGCCUUCUCCCUCAGCUUGUCUGAGCUGAAGUCUAUCCGCAAGAGUAAGCCAGGUCUGGGCUGGUCAUACCUCAUCUUCAUUACCAAAGACGGGAUCUCCAUUCAGGCCCUGCACUUCCACCGUGGGGGCACCAAGGCCCUUCUCAAAGCGCUUUGCAAAUACGUUAUCUUAGCCACUUCCCCUAAAGAUUCCCGUCUCUACCUGGUUUACACACACGACUCCUAUGCUCUCUCCCACUCCUUUGAUGAGCUUCAGCUCUUUGAUGACAACUCUUCCAACCUUGUGUCGCGAUUCCUCCAGGAUCCUUAUGCUGCCACCUUUGGGGGCUUCUCCAAAGUCACCAACUUCUUCCGUGGGGCUCUGCAUCACGAGGAGGGAGCCACCCAGCAUUCCCAUGGGGACCCAGCUGCUGCCGGCAAUUUGGAGGAUGAGACGGGCUUUGAAGUCAUCACCUGUCAGGCACGGUUGAGCGAGCGGCCGUCAGUCCAGCGGGAGGCCCCUGUCACAGAACAAGAGUGGGAGCAGCACCUAGCGCCUGACGGGCACGUGGAGGACCCCAGUGGGCUACGCAGGAGGAUCUUUGCUGGGGGUCUAAAUAUGUCAUUGCGCAAGGAAGCCUGGAAAUACCUCUUGGGUUAUUAUUCCUGGGACAAUACCAAUGAGGAGAACAAGGCGCAAGUGAGGCGGAAAACGGAUGAGUAUUUCCGUAUGAAGCUGCAGUGGAAGUCAGUCAGUGAGGAACAGGAACAGCGGAACUCCUUGCUGCGUGGCUACCGCAGCCUGAUUGAAAGGGACGUCAGCCGCACGGAUAGGAACAACAAAUUCUAUGAGGGCAGUGAGAACCCUGGCUUGGUGCUCCUUAAUGAUGUGCUGAUGACCUACUGCAUGUACAACUUUGACCUAGGUUAUGUCCAAGGCAUGAGUGACCUCCUGUCCCCCAUUCUCUACAUCACUCAGAAUGAAGUGGAUGCCUUCUGGUGCUUCUGUGGCUUCAUGGAGCUAGUGCACCGCAAUUUUGAGGAAAGCCAGGAGUCCAUGAAGCGACAGCUGUCCCAGCUCACCUUGCUGCUCAGAGUGCUGGAUCCCCCACUCUGUGACUUUCUAGACUCAAAGGAAUCUGGCACCUUAUGCUUCUGUUUCCGGUGGAUCUUGAUCUGGUUCAAAAGGGAAUUUGCCUUCUCUGAAAUUCUUCAGCUGUGGGAGGUGCUAUGGACAGGAUUGCCUUGCCCCAAUUUCCACCUGCUGGUGGCUUGUGGGAUCUUGGAUGCAGAGAGACAAGCUCUAAUGAACUCGGGCUUUGGUUUUAAUGAGAUCCUCAAGCACAUCAAUGAGCUCACCAUGAAGAUGAGUGUGGAAGACAUUUUAUGCCGGGCGGAGGCAAUCUACAGGCAGCUGGCCGCUACUCCGGACCUACCCCGCAACGUCCAGGAAUUGCUGGGCCUCUCUGAGGGCAGAUCUCCAACCCCAAGCACUGACACGGCCAGCUCCCCGCAGCCCCUGUCGCCCAGCCAGGCCCAGGAGAUGGAGCUCACGGACAGUGUUUCCCCAAGCCAGCCAGACAGCAGCAUUGAGAUCCUGCCUACUGAGGAGGCCUCCACCUCUCAGAGUCUGUCUCCUUGAAAACCUGUCAUCAACGCCACCAUCCUCCUUCUUAACACAAGCACUUUAACCAGGGCAGGGUGAGGGCUGGGACUGAGGUGGAGAGGGGGUUUGGUGGGGUGGGGUCGUGUUCUUACCAGAAGUGGCUGUAGGAACGCCCUCCAAAGGCAUCGGGCUUGGGGGCAGCUUGUCCUUCCAGAUUUCCCUGCGCUAGGGAUGUUGCUAUCAAGAGUUGCCAGGGCUUGGGAUGCAUUGUGUGCCUUCCCCAUGAUUCACUGGGGCAAGGCCACCUUUCUUAGAACACUCUAGAAUUCACCUUAACUUCCUGGGAUGCACAGAGAUGAAAGGGAGCAAGUUCAUGAUUGUCGUGCAGUUCUCUUCUACUUUGGGUUCUGAGGUGUUCCAGCAGAAGCUCCUAGAGACAGCCCGCCUCCCGCCUCUCAUCGCCUGUUUUGUGAUACUAAACUCUUCAGCGCCUUUUAAGGAAAGGAGAGAGGGGACCUUGCUUUAACCUCAGAUUUGCACGUGGGGUUAAGGCUGGAUUUGCCUCCAUCUCUUCUGCACUCUCCUCAGUAUUUCUCAGCAGCAAACUGAUGGCAAUGUUGUUGUCCUUCUUCUUCCCCUUCAGGCUGCUAUCGAAGCCUCUGCCUGAACCCUUAUAAGAUAGGAAACCCAAGUAUUGGCUUAAGAUAAAAAUGAGGGACAGUCACUGGAAGUGGGGGCUGGUGGUUUGAGUUGGUAGAGAGUUCUCUUUGAGGGAAAUCUUGGAGACAACAGCAACAGAGACUAAAAGCCGGGGCUCUUGGGUUCAUUGCUAUUUUGUUCGGCAAUCCAUGUUCACAUGGUUCAUUGUCUGUCCCUUAGAUGGAAGACCGACUCAGUCUAUGCUUGCCCUGUCCCUUGUAGUGAGUGGCUAUGAACCGACAGCAAUAAGGAGGGGGAAAGGAUGUUGGGCUUUGUCCUUCUGUGCCUCUCUUGCCUAGUGAGCCUGUGGAUUCAAUGCCUCUUGUGUGUGUGCAUACACACUCUUUUGCCCCACUCCUCUCCAUUGAACUGCGUCCUCUCAGCUCUUACCUUAGCUUCUCUGUUUCCUUUGUAAUGUGUAUUAAAAAUGUAGUAUCCA